GCCAUUUUAUCUUCAACGAGCCGGCAUCGAGCUGCAAAAUACUUGUUUUGACGUUCAGUUGCUUCCAUUCAAUAUGGAUGUUCCAUUAAACCUAUUGGUGUAUAUUAUCAUUCCCACAGUUUUGUCUGUGUCAUGGAUGCGAUACAAGGGCAUGGAAUAUAUUCUUAUUCACUAUCGCUGGAUUUUUGUUUGCCUGUUUUUAUUACCACUGUCGGUGUUGUAUGACGCACUGAUGUAUCUUCGAUUAAAACUGGUAUUUGCGUUCAAUUCAGCUCCUAAACAACACGAUAAACGUGUAAAAUAUGUUCAACAACAGGUUAGAGAAUGGAAUUCUGGUGGAAGAAAAAGUCUUAUGUGCACUGCACGGCCAGGAUGGGCAACAAUGAGUUUCAGGAGAGGAUUAUAUAAAAACAGUCUGCAUAACAUUCAAAUAAAUCUUCUAGACAUUCUUGAGGUGGACAUCAUUAAAAAAAUUGUCAAAGUUGAACCACUUGUAACUAUGGGUCAGGUCACUGCUUGUCUAAAUCCUCUUGGUUGGACUCUACCAGUUUUGCCUGAAUUGGAUGAUCUUACUGUUGGUGGAUUAAUCAUGGGUGUUGGUAUUGAGACAUCAUCUCAUCUUUAUGGAUUAUUUCAGCAUUGCUGUGUUAGUUAUGAGUUGGUGACAGCAGAUGGUAGCUUGGUCAAAUGCUCAAAGGAUGAGAAUGCAGAUCUAUUUUAUGCUGUACCUUGGUCUCAUGGAACAUUGGGAUUUUUAGUUUCUGCUGAAAUAAAAAUUGUUCCUGCUAAAAAGUAUGUCAAAAUGGAGUAUCACCCAGUGCACAGCCAGCAGGAGCUAGUUCAUCUAUUCAUGGAAAACACUUGUUCCAACAAUCAGUUUGUUGAAGCAUUAGUCUAUUCCAGUGAAAAAUCUGUUUUUAUGGUUGGAAAUAUGACUGAUGAUGCUGAGCCUGAUAUGAUUAAUCCCAUUGGAAACUUUUGGAAACCAUGGUUUUACAAACAUGUAGAGACAUUUCUUAAAACUGGAACCUGUAUUGAAUAUAUUCCUUUAAGACACUAUUACCAUCGACAUACAAAAAGCAUCUUUUGGAUGCUGGAGGAUAUUAUUCCAUUUGGAAAUAAUCCAAUAUUCAGAGCAAGUUUUGGCUGGAUGGUACCACCUAAAGUAUCUCUUCUCAAACUUACUCAAGGUGAGACAAUAAAAAACAUGUAUGAAAAAUAUCAAGUAAUACAAGACAUGCUGGUCCCAUUGAAAGAUCUUGGAAAGAGCUUAGAUUUCUUUGAUAAGGAGCUAGAUCUUUACCCUUUAUGGAUUUGUCCAUUUAAAUUGUUGGACCAACCUGGCUUAGUUCAUCCCAAACAUCAUCAAGAUGAAAUGUAUAUAGAUAUCGGAGCUUAUGGUACACCUAAAGCUAAAGGUUUUUCAACUAUACCAUCAACUAAAAGACUGGAAGACUUUGUUGGUAAAAUUAAUGGAUUUCAGAUGUUGUAUGCAGACUCAUAUCUCAGUCGAGAUCAGUUUCGUAGCAUGUUUGAUCACAGUCUUUAUGAUAAGAUGAGAAAAAUGCUCGCUUGUGAGAAGGCUUUUCCAGAAAUUUAUGACAAAGUAAAUCGCAAUGCUAGAACUUAAUACAUACAGGCCAGUUUUUGUACCCUUUUCAUUCUUAUUAAAAAUUAAUGCACAGGUAUUUAUAUAUUGCAAAUCAAAAUUGUACAAAAAAAAGUUUGAAAAAAAAAAAUAACAAACCAUAAAGAUUCUCUUACUCUUUAGUAUAUUGUUUGUUAUUGUGCAUUAAAAACCAUUUUAGAAAGACCUUUGUGUAAGAUACUUAUUGUAACUCCUUGCAUUUUGUGUAUUGUAGUUAGGACUUAUUACUUUGAUCAAGCUUAACAGCUAUUUUAAUUUGACCUCUGUCUGCCACUGAUAUUUAAGCUAUUACAGGUGUAGCAGCUUAUCUUUAUAUUGGGCUACGCUUACUGCAAAUAUACUUACAUUUUUCCCAUUGUUACAUGGCUUAGGCGAUCAAGCAAGUCAUAAUUUAAUUAAAUAUCUGUGUCUAUACCUCCAUUGUAUCUCAAAUUUAACAUAUCUGCAUGAAUUGAUUAUUUGUAUGUAUGAUAAGCUUAGUGUUCUAAGAAAAAGAAAUCUAAAGAAAAGUUAUUUAACUGCCCUGCACUCUUAAACACUUUCUCUAAAACACAAUUUUUAAUUUUUACUGUCUAUUAACUGGGUAAAAUUGUAUUUUGUUACAGGUUGAUAAAUGUGUAACAUUCAGAAUUCAUUAAUAUAAUUAACAUUUAGAAUUCAUUAAUACAUUUGUCAAUAAAAUGUUUUUAUACUUGAUAUACUUUUUUUAUACUAAAUUUAUAUUUUUCUUUACACUCCAUAAGUAACUUAAUACUAUUUUAGUUACUAUAUAUAUAUAUAUAUUAUAAAUAUAUAUUUAUGUAAAGGAAAAGAGAGCCCAAUUUAAUAAUUAUACAACUUUACAAACGUGUUUGAAUUAUAAAUUUAUUUUAUUAAAGCAAAAUUCUAAGUAGAUGUUUUUCUCAUGUUUAAAUUAUAUAAUUUUUUAAAUGUUAUUAUCAUAGUAUUCAUUUUACUUUACCAACUAUUUAAGUUGUUAAAUAGGGGUCAUCCAUAAAUGACGUCACGCUUUUGUUGAAGAUUUUUACCUCCCCCUCCAUUCUGUCACAAAAAGCCAGACAACCCCCUCCCCCCCUAAAAUGACGUCACACCUCAGCCUACAACCCCCCUCAAAUUUGCAGUUGAAUAUCUUUUUAAACAGCGAUAUUUUUCCAGAAUCUUGUCUGAACUCAUUUAUACAAUUUAUUAACACAGUUUUCUGAAAUGCGAAAUAACGUCCAAAUUCGAUUUCUAACAUUGCUUUUUUAUAAUGCAAAAGUUUGACGUCGCACCAUCUGAACCCCUCAUCACACACCGUCACAAAAUUAUGGACCCCUCCCCAAUACGAGUGAUGUCAUUUAUGGACGACCCCUUACCAGUAGUUUGUGAAAUGUACAAUGCAAUUAUGUGAAUAUUUCUAACGAUAUAUAUAUAUAUAUAUAUAUAUAUAUAUAUAUAUAUAUAUAUAUAUAUAUAUAUAUAUAUCAUCACAAAGUUAAGAAAAUUAUAAAAGUAUAUUUGCAUUGAUAAAAUAUUUUUCACUUUAUAAUUACUGUGUCAAUAAAAUUUUGAACAAAUCACUUUAAAUUUUGUUACUAUACUUGUAUGUAUAUUCUACAUAGGCGCCUACACGUAUAAAAAUAAAUGGAGGAAAAAUAGAAAAUAGAGGUUGGAUUGUGAGUCUCACUAUUGCUAAGUCUUGAUUUUGAAUCUUAUGCUGAAGUCUAUAUGACAUCUCUAAAUACACUCAGCUAUAAAGGGUAUCUUACUCUUUUUAGGGAAACUAAGGUGGCUGGGCAUUGCUAUGAACACACUUGUAAAUUGUAUUCCUAGGUCAUUGAAACAGAACUGCCCCAUGUGACUUUGCACAAACAAGAAGAGAGAUAGAAAAGAUCCAGAUUACUGAUUAGUUUUUUUUUUAUAACUGCAAUAGUUAGCCUAUAACUAUAAUACGUUUCUAUUUCAUAUAAAAAGGAUUCACCAAGGAGUGUAUUCUUUGAUAUGCAGAGAUGAAUAGAUAUGUAUAUAUGUUUUACAGUUGUAUACUUUUUCACUAAUGCUAUUAUCUAUUUUAACACCAAAUAUAGUUUUAAACUUGGUUUUAGUUAAUUUUGUAGUUUUAGUUUGUUUUAAACUUUUAAAAAAAUGUUGUUUCCUAUGUUUGUGAAAAUUUUAAUAGGUGCCCACAUAUGUAUGAGCACGCCUCAUAAUGGUUCCAGAAAUAUUUGUAUUUACUUGUAUUGUGUAAAUUUGAAAUGCCUUAGUUAAAAUGUGUUUAUAAUAUUGCUGAGCACAAGAGCACACUUUAAAUGUGAAAUUAGUGCUAUGAAGCAUAAUUUAGAUAUGAAUAAACAGAUGUAGAUUUACAUGUCUUGAUAGAUGUUUGUUUUUUAAUUUUAUACUAAGUAGGCUACAAAGUCCGUAUGCAGUCUGGAUAGCCUGGAACUUUGACAUGUGAAUGUCAGAUAAUGUUUUUAUUCAAAUCAAUGUUG